GCAUCACACACGGUGCUAUCUUCUCUAAUAAUAAACUGUUCAUCAAAAUGAUGUAUGCAAACUACAGAAUUAGUACUGGGUUCAAAAUCUUUUCUAUGUAUUGCUUUAAUCCAUUGUUUACAUAGAACAGGAUCUUUGGGAAAACUGAAAACAUUAGCCCCUCGAUGUGGGUUCCUGUCCGUGGUGAGGGGACUUCCCAGAGAUGGUCUAGAAAUUCCUCUUUACCAUCCCUGGGAUCUGAACGCCCACCCACGUGUUUGCCGUGCGUGGUGUCCCGUAUGCCGGAAAGGGGGAUCCUGGUAGUUGAGGGGCAACAUAACGUCCCCAACACACUGCUUUGGCCCCUGCUUCGGAUAAACGGGAGGCUCAAAUCAGGCUCCGUUUGAGUCAAUUGGCUGGUCGUUCACUCAUUCUUGACCUCGGCUUGGAGUCAACUGAUCGAUGCAGACCGGGCAGACAUGUCAUACAAGAUGUGCUCUUCUUGACUGCAUUGUGAGGGUAUAGCUCCUGGGAAACCCUGGUGUGACGGUCUAUGGGAGUUUCCCAUGUGACUGCAUCCCCUCGUUGGGCCCCGUGGUGGGUGGGGUCACUAGGAGCUGAAUGAUUAUCUUUAAAUAUGGAUUCUUUAAAAUCUAAGACAUUUACCAAGGCACUGCCACCAAAGGAGGUUAAUUCCUCCAAUCAACCAACCUACCUUAUCGUUCACGCUACAGGAGAAACACCUAUGUCUAAACGCUCUCCUUUCUUAAUCCAGAAACUUUUCGAAUCAACUAUUGGGCAUGUUAAAAAAAUCCAAAAAUUGAGGUCGGUAGAUCUACUCGUAGAAACAGCCUCCCUUCAACAGUCAGGAAAACUUUUGAAUUUAAAGUCUCUAGAAGACAUACAAGUCACUAUCACGCCACACACAAGUUUGAACUUAUCACGUGGUGUGAUAUCUGAAAUUGAUCUGAUGUCUGAGGACGAAUCAGAUAUUCAGAUUGGCCUUUCAGACCAAGGAGUUACUGCUGUACGACGCAUCUUCAUUUGUCGAGAUGGCAAGAUAAUUCCUACAAAACAUUUAAUCGUCACAUUUAACAAACCAACAAUACCAUCUUUUCUUACCGCAGGAUAUUUGCGCUGCUCGGUUCGCCCAUAUAUUCCAAAUCCGCUGCGUUGUUUCAAAUGCCAGCGAUUUGGACAUUCCCAAACAUCCUGUCGAGGCAAAAGUUUAUGUGCACAGUGUGGAGUUGAAGGUCACCAGAGUACUGAGUGUACCAGCACUGCAUGCUGUGUAAACUGCAAAGAUGCCCAUCCUGCCUACUCACGAAAAUGCACUGCAUGGCAGAAAGAGAAAGAAAUUCAGCGAUUGAAGACUGUUAAUAACAUAUCUUACCCAGAGGCACGUCGCAUGGUCACUUUAAGUGCACCAGUGAAACAGAAGACAUUUGCUGCUGUUCUGAAAUCCACAAAGACAUGUGGAGUUCAGACAGACAUUUCUGUUUCACCAAUUGAAUCUCUGACUCGCCAUGAAAAAUGUCUGCUGAUACUAUCUACCAAAGAAAAAGAACAAAACAAGACAAAACCACUCAUACCUAAAACAGGGGUAACAACUAGGAAUGUGGGUUCCAAAAAAGCCAGUAAGAACCCUCUUAAUAAAUAACGAAUGAAAGCAGCCCUCUCUAAAUCCAAAAAAUCGGAGACUCAGUCUAUGAGUGAGUUCUCUGACUUUUCAGACGAAGAGACUAAUAAGGAGGUGACACCACCAACGUCACCUUUAAAAGAAAAAGCCCCUGUGAAAUUAAAGAGGGAUAACCUUGCUAAAAAUGCUGCCUCAAACACAUAAUGGAUUAUAAAAUAAUCCAAUGGAACUGUCGUGGUUUUUGCAACAACUUUUCUGACAUUAAACACUUGACAUCAUCUACCUCAUCUCUCUGCGUGGCACUACAGGAAACACAUCUAAAACCUGGAGAAAAUAUUUUU